AUGAAAACCGGUCUCACGUUGCUGGUCAACAGAACAUGUCGGCUCCAUCUCACUCUCUCUCAGCUCAUCCGCCGCUACAACCACACCAUGACCGCCGUCUCCUACACUCCACCUCCGGCGGACCUCUUCACCACCAACAAUUACAUUAACAGCCAAGCCAAAAGCGGCCAGCUGCAUCUGGCCAACAAAAUGUUCGACAAAAUGCCUCAGAGAAACGCAGUUUCUUGGACGGUCCUCAUUUCGGGCUAUGCUCAGCAUGGGAAGUCCGAUCAGUGCUUCCGCUUGUUUGGUCAGAUGAUAUUCCAUUUCAGGCCCAACGAUUUUGCUUAUGCGAGUGUGUUGUCGGUGUGCGACCGCCCGCGUGGCCUGCAAGUUCACGGGCUCAUUCUAAAAACCGGUUUUGGUUCUUGGAUUUACGUUGCUAAUUCUCUCGUGGCCAUGUACUGGAAGAACAGUCGUGAUUCUGGUUCGGAAGCUUGGAGGGUGUUUGAGUCAAUGGGUUACUGUAAUCUUGUUACUUACAAUUCAAUGAUUUCAGGGCUCGGGAUGCAUGGAAAAGGUGAUAGAGCAAUGGAUUUAUUCAUAAGAAUGCAUCAUGAUGGGGUCAAGUUCGAUCGUGCUACAUUAUUGGCUUUGGUUUCUUCGUUAUGUGGAUCAAAUGAAGGUGGUGAUCGGAUUGUGGGGCUUACGUGUUGUUUGCAACUGCAUUCUUGUGGUAUUAAGACUGGCUUGGUCCUGGAUGUUGGGGUCAAAACUGCUCUGAUCAAAGGCUAUUCUGCUCUCGCUAGCGAAUUUAGUGGUUGUCUUAAGUUGUUCAUGGAGACGAGUGGUAUUGACCGCGAUAUUGUUCUGUGGACUGGAAUUAUGACGGCUUGUGCCGAAUGGGAACCUCAGCAAGCCCUCAUCUUUUUCAGUCAGAUGCGUCGCGAAGAUUUAAGCCCAGAUUGUUAUGUUUUUUCAGUAAUGCUAAAAGCUUGUGCGAACUUGGUGACCGGAAGGACCACCUCUUCAUUCCAUUGUCAAGUGAUUAUUACAGGUUUUACUAAUGUAAUAGAGCUGGGCAAUGCUUUAAUUCAUGCCUACUCUAGAUGUGGUUCGAUAUAUUGUGCGGAGAAAGUGUUUGGUGAAAUGCCGAAAAGGGACAUAGUUUCUUGGAACUCAAUACUGAAGGCCUAUGCAGUGCAUGGUAAGGCUGAAAAGGCGCUUGAUAGUUUUCGAGAAAUGGACGUUGGUCCCGAUGGGACCACGUUCGUUGCCCUACUCUCGUCAUGCAGCCAUGCGGGUAUGGUAAAACAAGGAAAGAAUUUAUUUGAUGCUAUGAAACGUAACUACGGUGUAGUUCCACAGCUCGACCACUAUGCAUGCAUGGUCGAUAUUCUCGGCCGGGCUGGACAUGUUUCGGAGGCCGAAAGAAUUAUAAGGGAAAUGCCUAUGAGGCCGGAUUAUGUCAUCUGGAGUGCGUUCCUUGGUGCAUGUCGUAAAUAUGGGGACGCGAGGGCAGCCAGCCUUGCAUCUUCAAACUUGAAGGAAUUGGAUCCGGAAAACUCACUGGGGUAUGUUUUGGCUUCGAAUAUUUAUUGCUUGUUUAGAAACUAUGAUGAAGGUGGUUCCUUGCGAAUAAAAAUGGAUCGUAUUGGGGUUAGAAAGGAACCGGGUUUGAGCUGGACAGAGGUGGGCCAUCGAGUCCAUGAAUUUGCUUGUGGGGGCCAUCGGCACCCACAGAUUCGAGAAAUUCGUGCAAACAUGGAGGUUUUGUUGAGAGAUUUGAGGAAAAUUGGGUAUGCUCCCGAGACGAGUUUGGUGUUGUUUGAUGUAGAGGAAGAGCAUAAAGAGGAGCAGCUUUAUCAACACAGUGAAAAGCUGGCAUUGGUUUUCUCCUUGACGAGUGCUGGUAAUUCUAAUCGCAACGGUGAUGUUAUUAAGAUAAUCAAGAACAUUAGGAUCUGUUUGGACUGUCAUAAUUUUAUGAAAUUUGCUUCGAAACUUGUCCGUAAGUCAUACAAUGGAAAAUCAGUGACAACUGAUGAUUUCUCUAUAGAGAAAAAUAGUAAACUCGGCGCAAGUAUUGAGCAUGCAUCCGAGAUUACAGCAACGGACUGGACAGUAUUUGGUGCAGAUGGCAGCAUCAAUACCGCUAAGUGUGCAUUCUGCCAGACAAUGCUGAAUGCAGGUUCCUGGUGGAAAAUGAGAGGUGACCGAACGAACACUAAGCAUUGCCGUUAG